UAACAACGUCUCUUGUCUUGUCUACCUAAACACGAAAGUUAUUUCUUGUCUCUAUGAAUUAUUAAAACAUUCAAUAAUAAAAACAAAAAAAAAAAAACAUUAAAAAUGUUAUUGAAGUCUUCAAAAUUCACAACCUUAGUGUUGUUGUUUGUUUUGUGUGUGAUUCAGUGCGAAAUUUCAGCUUCUUAUAAAACAGAAGUAGAAAUAACGCCAGCACCAGCAGAAGAGCCCACCACCAAAAGACCUUGGUUUAAGAAAUGGUUUGGUGGUAAUUCCGAAACCACUGUGGAUCCUUUAUUGCAGGUUACUACCGCCAAGCCAGCACUAAAUCCAAAUGUUCCAGGGCCCUCCAAUCAAAAGCCUCCACCAUUAGUAGUACCUAAUGGCCCCUCAGCCGCCUCCAGUAGUAAUCAAAAGCCACCACCAUUAGUUAUAUCAAAUGCUCCCUUAGUGCCCUUAGGUCCACGUCCUGAUACACCCUCUUCCUCACCAUUUGGAGCCGGGGCACCUCAAUGGCCCCAGGCUAAUACUAAUGCAGGCGCUAGCUCUACCUCUACAACACAUCCUACUCCAUUUGGUGCCAGACAACCAAAUCCACCCCAUCCUCAACCGCAUCCAAUAGGUGGUGUUUUGUCUACCACUACCACCUUAAGGCCUUCAGUACAGCAAAACUCCAAUAAUGUGCAAAAUAAUUAUCCUAGACCUGGUGGUGUGCAACAACCUAACUUGCCUCCCUACCAACAAAACAUCAAUAAUGUGCAACAAAAUUUACCCAGACCUAAUGGACAACCCAACUUGCCUCCCGGUUUUGCUCCCUAUCAUCCACCCAAGUCUCAACCCUCAGGUUUGGAUCUAAGUUAUGGCGGAGGUUUUAAUGCUCGUCCUCAAGCUGGAGGAAGACCCGGUUUUGGUUUAGCAAGCAUGACAACACCUGCUACAACCUCCACGUCCACCUCAACUUCUACUUCAACAACCACUAGCACCACCACAGCUCGUCCACAACAAUUAGAUUUUGAUUUGAGAGGUGGAUUUGAUUCGAAAAAGCCAGUUUCUCCUCAGCCCGGCAAAGAUGAUUUUCCCUCCCUGCCCGCACCCAGAAGACCCUCCAUAAAAGAAGACUAUCCCGCUUUACCCGUGCCAAAAUCUCCUACACCUACACCUUCAUCACCCCUAAAUCCCUCUUCACCUUCAGCCUGGAAUAAACCCUUACCCACACCCUCUCAGCUGCCCACCAGCUCAGUAACCACUUCCACUGUACGCACACCUACUCCCAAAUCUCCUGUAGCUGGCUCGGGAGGUGCAGCUGGUGGUGUAUCUUUUGUACCUCAUACCGGCACCACAACCACAGUACGUCCCGGUUUCGAAAAACAAGGCAACAAUUUGGCUACCGAUGAUGAAAUACGCUCUCUAACCGAAACUCUUUACACCAAAGAAGUCAACAAUCAAUUGAGCUUGAUUACUGUUAAUGCUCAAGGCAAAACCAGAUCCAUUGAUAGUACCGAUGAGGCUCCACAACCACUUUUAGAAGUUGAUGCUAAGGCCUUUGAUUCUCCUACUAUUGCCAAAAUGCGUUUAUUGUUUAACAACUAUGAGGAGGAUACUUUGGUAAAUGAACAUGUUACCCCCAUUGAACGUAAGGAGGAAAAUGAUUUUGUGGAUGCUGUCAUGGCCACCAAUGUCAUGAGACAGGCCAUGUUGUUCCUACAAAAUAAGGGCAUUGUUUCUCCCGAUCCCAAGACCCAUCGUGAUUUAGUCAAGGAAUUGUGGUUUACUCAAUAUUCUCGCGGCAGCGGCAAAAUUGGCAGUUCCGGUUUCGAGCAUGUCUUUGUCAAUGAAGUCAAGAAUGGCACCAUUAUUGGUCUACACAACUGGGUGUAUUUCUAUGAUGAGGAAAAGGCGGGUCAUUUAGAUUACAAAGGUUAUCUCAAUCAAUUGGAUUUGGGAACGAAAGGCAAAGUUUUGAAAGUGCGCUUUACUCACAACGGUUUAAAUAAACCUGUCAACACUUUGUUUAUUGGCACCUCACCCGAAUUGGAAUUGGCCUUGUACACAGUGUGCUUCAAGUUGAGACCCGAUCGCACUUGCCCAGUUUCUUUGGGUAACAACAGAUUUGGUGUUGUAACCUAUUCUUGGCGUUAUCGCGGUAAAAGUUUGAUAGGCAGCGCCUAUCCGGAAAUUUAAGAUCAUGUAAAGAAAUUUAUAAUACAUUGUGAAAUUUUGUAUAAAAGAUGAACGUUAAAUAAAGAAGAAUUAGUUUUUAGUUUUAACAGACUAAAA